AUGGCUCCUGUUAUGUUUCAGAUCAUGUCCGACCUCCAUCUCGAAACUCAUCCUUCGUAUAACUACAAUUUUAAACAAACUGCACCAUACCUCGCCCUUCUUGGUGAUAUCGGUCUCGUCGGGGACGAUCAACUUUUCCAGUUCCUCGAAAAGCAAGUAAAACGAUACUGGGCCGUAUUCUUCCUUCUUGGGAACCAUGAACCAUGCAACCUUCGCUUUGACACUGCGAAGACCAGAGUACAAGCGUUCGAAAGAAAGAUGGCAAGCCUACGCACACAUUCUACCGUCGGGCGUUUCGUAUUCCUUGAUCAGACUCGAUAUGACAUUUCGAACACGCUCACUAUCCUAGGCUGUACCUUAUUUUCGCAUAUUACUCCGUCACAGGAACUCGCUGUGGCGAACCGGCUUAUCGAUUUCAGGAACAUUAUCCAGUGGAAUGUGGAAGAUCAUAAUCUUGCGCAUCAAUCUGACCUCAACUGGCUUAAUCAUCAGGUUAAGGAAAUUGCGGAGAAAGAGCCACAAAGACAGAUUGUCAUAUUUACACACCAUAGUCCUUGUGUAGAUGAGAGGGCUAUAGAUCCUAAACAUAAGGACAGCGAGACCUGCGGGCUUCUGGCCCUCGGCGCCAUUGCGUCCUCUGUCGAUGCAUUCCGAGACACAUCUCCCUUCUUCCUCUUCUCGACCAACAGCUUCGAAACACAAUCCUCGCAACUGCAAUCCGCCAGCUCUCUCCUCUCAUCAGUGUCGACGGACCUCUCCUCGUGCCCAUCAGACUUCUACGUCCUCGUCUCCCAGCCGGGCGUGCAUGUGCUAGACUACAGCAACCGGCGGUCGGCGCCUCGACUACGGGAAAGAGUCCUACGGCAAGAUAAGGCUAUUAAAUCGAGUUUCACGGUCAGCGAGGUAGUGGGAGAGUUUGACGCCGGAUCAUUGCAGGCAGAGCUAGAGAAGAAGUGUCAUGCUGAGACGGUGCUGGUGAAGGGCGAUGUGCUUCCGUCGGGAUAUACACAUCGGCCGCAGGUUAUAAAGGUCGAGUUCCCUGCUCUACCGGUGGAUAUCAGCAGGUCGAGCCAGCUGGUUGAGAAUGAUGGAUUUCUUGCGACGUUGAUUGACCUCCUUCCGUCGUCAAACUACACCGUACUAUACACGACGACGCCACGAGGAGCAGAGCCAAUCGCCGAUGCAGACAUCGGCCAUUACGAGAUGGGCUCCAACCCGCUCCAGGACCCUCUCUCCUUCAAGAGGGAGUUCCAGAGCCAGUCUUCGGGCGAAGAUAAGCCCGAGAGCAAGACGACUCGCUCUUUGUUUGUGGAGUACCAGUUCCUGAGUCCUGGUCUCUUCAUGGGUUUGAUGGUCACCGUCAUCCUAGGCAGCAUUCUGUACGUCGGCCUGUCCGCCCUGACCAGCCUGCAGGUCUCGUAUGCAUCUUUUGACAAGGAGAACGGCCCUGCUGGCGCUGCAGGCAAGAAGCAGCAAUAA